AUGAUAUUCUUCAAUUGUUUUGGAUUAAUUCUUAUCGUUCACGCUAGAUACAUUCUCGGAAAUGUAUGUCAUGAAUGUAACGGAAUGACUUUUAACUCUAUAAUUACCGUUGAUAAUCUUCCGUCGCCAAUCGGCGAAGAAUGCGAAAUAGUGCCAUCCGAAUAUGGGUGUUCUGCACGUGUAACAUGGUUCGAUGAUGGCACCAGCGAAGUACAUUACAUUGCCGAUCCAAACUUCCCAUUGGAGAGCGUCAUAACACAAACAGAACGUAAAGUAACGACAUGGUCUGGUGAAUACAUAACAAAUAAAUAUAUUAGUUUUAACUGUCAAGCCUCGAAUAAUACCCCAUGUAAUACAGCCGAGAAUUUAAAACGUGCUCUUAUUUCAACAACGUGGUCCACUAAUGAACAAAUAGAAAAGUUCGAUACAUUAAUUGUGCCGACAACAGAUUUUUAUGGUAGUACAUGUUUACAAUUAUUGAAUAAGAGCAAUUGUCCUAUAACGAAUCUACUUAGCUGUCAACAAUGUAUGGGUAUUAUUGAAUAUUCCAACACUAAAAGUGUGUGUGCAAUGUGUCCAUCAGGAAAAGCUCUGACGAAUUCUUACGAACAUGAAACAAUAUUUUUCCUUCAAAAUAAAACUCAAGUGGAUAAGAUAACAUUAGCAUGUCGAAGACGUGGCGCUUGCAAUUCAAUAGAAAAUAUUGAUCGAAUUAAAAAUGAAUUAGAUAUUAAAUUUGAUUUCGAAAAAUUCUAUCGAUCAACAGCUUCGAUCACAAAAUCGCCGAUGAUGAUUUUAUUCCUGGUAGUUAUAGUUGGAGUUUUUUCAUGCUGCUUGUGA